GUGGCGUUGUUGUGCGUCGGCAUGGAGCGCAAAGCGACCCGCCUGCGCCGCGCGCCCCGACCGUGUGAUGACAGCUGAUUCUACCGAGACGGACGGAGCCGCCGGGACGCACUCACGCUGUCAACGCGAGGCAAUAAGAAAAAAACCAACGACUUUAUUUCCGGGAACAAUGACGCGUCGGGAGGUGUGAGCUGCUGCAGAGAAAGUUGAGUCGCGGAGGGGGGGAAAAAAGCGCCUCCGCCGACCCGCCGUCGGGCUGAAGAAGUUGGAUUUCUCGUCUUGACUGCUGGAUUUCCUCAUUUUCCUCAGGACUCUUUUUUUUUUAGGUUAUGAGUGAUGGAAGCAGGAUCGGUGGUGCGUGCAGUUUUUGAGUUUCUGCCAAGCGUCUCCGAGGAGCUGCCACUCUUCACCGGCGACGUCAUCGAGGUGCUCAGUGUCGUGGACGAGUUUUGGUUGCUCGGCAACAAAGAUGGCAUCACAGGUCAGUUUCCCAGCACCUUUGUGGAGGAGGUUACCAUCCCCAGCAUCAAGCCCGGAGAGACACUCUUUGUGUGCACCAAUGAUUUCAGCUCAGCAGAGCCGGGCAACUUGUCCCUGAAGAGAGGCGAUGUGAUAGUUGGAGAGGCCGGAGGGCCCGCGGAACUCGGGGAAUCCUGGCAGCGAGGUUGUAAUGCCUGGGGCAUCCGAGGUCUCUUCCCCACAUCAUGUGUGACGGAGCUGACCCUCUCGGGGCGCUCCAGGCAGCUGUCCGAGCGCUCGGCUCAGGCCCAGGCCUCGGAGCUCCCACCGUACGCCCUGGGCCAGGCCCGGGCCCUCAUGAGCCUCCACGCGCAGCUCAAUGAGGAGCUGGACUUCCGCGAAGGGGACCUGAUCAUCAUCACCGGCCGGCCCGAGCCGGGCUGGUUCCAAGGGGAGCUGGAUGGCCGCAGGGGCAUCUUCCCGGAGGGCUUUGUUGAGCUCCAGGGAUCCCUCCGAUCUCCUCAGGACUGCCAGUAUUUGACCAAUGAUACUGAAAAAUUUAGCUUUGAGGACCCUUACGAUGCAGAAGAGGGGGAAGAGGAGGAGGGUGUGGAAGCAGUAGAGGAUAUCGGUCGGGACAAAGAAGAACAGAAGGAGGUAGUAGAAGAAGAGGAGGAGGACGAGGACGAGGAGGGUGGUGUCUACGUCCUUGCUCUUUAUGAGUUUCGGGCCAUUGAACCAGGCGAGUUGGACUUUGACAUGGGGGAUCGCAUACGGCUUUUAAGGACUUUGGAGGACGGUUGGCUGGAGGGAGAGCUGCGAGGGCAACGGGGUAUCUUUCCUCAUCGUUUUGUCAAAAUCGAGGACGACGGGCAGAAAGCUGCUGAAGAAACAGAUGUUGUUGAACCAGAAGAAGACAAGGAGAACAGCUGUACUUCUGAAUACAGGUUGGGUCGUUCAUGUCCCAAUGGGUCCCAGAACGAUCCUAAAUGGAGGACAUACGAGGAUCAUACCGUGUGGGACCUGGACUACUUUGAGCGGACAGAGGAGCAGAGGUGGCAAAGUGAAAACAAAAGAACCGGAGCUCAAAUUGACGCAGGCGAGAGGCCCGACCCUCAGCCACGUAGACCCGUCGCACCUGCACAGAAAGGGCCUGAAAGACCCAAAUCCACACCUCCUGCCCGGCCCAAACUCCCCGCUCGGCCUAGCCCGCCUGCGGGCACCCACGGGCGCCAGGGCCCUUCAUCCGGCACAAAUCGUUCCAGCCAAACAAACGGUAACACGCAGUCCUCACAGCCCAAAUCCCCUCACGGCCUCGGCCUCCCCGGCUCUCAGCCCGGCUGGUCCGCAAACUCAAGACACCACCAAAGGCCACGAAAGGACGGCGCCGCCGCCAUUAACGGGAGCAGCGGACUCAGCCAGGCGUUACUGAACCUUGUGGAGGGACAUAGGCAGAAGAAACUAACUCGCCACGCCAGCGCCGGUGAUGCUGAUCAGAUGAUGGGCGGCGCUGAGGCGCGGCAACGCUCCCGGCAGACGUCCAGUGGCUCCAAUGGUCUGAUGCCAGCAUCCGUCACUUUAGACGCCCUGGCAGCCUCAGCGGGUGACCUGGAGACCAAGCUGUCCCAGCAGCUCUUUGAGUUUGAGAAAAGCCUGACCUCUUCGGUAGGUGAUGCUCCCAGGGACGUGUCUUCCGUCGGCGACCUGAGCCAGCGUCCCCGUUUGCCGCGCCGCUACUCUAUUAUGGACUACAGCGACGAAAGCGACAUCAUGCGAGGCUCCGCGCACUCGCCGGUGUCCCAGCUGCUGCAGUCGAACUCCGCCUCGUCCUCGCUAGAGAGGCGCAGGACCCUUCGUCCUCCGCCCCCUCGCCCCAGAGUCCCUCGCGCCUCCGCCCCGCCUGCGUACAAGCCGUCUCGCCUUGCUCCGCGAGCCCCUCCCCGCUGCCCGAGACAAAACGCCGCUCCGCCGACCGUCUACACCCGCGACGAGCCGGCUUUAAACCUCCUCAACCAAGAAGGGAGGCCCGAGUUUGGCGACCUCGCGGCCGCCCAGGAGCGCGAAAUACAGCGUCAGCUGGAGGCCGAGAGAGAGCUCGAGAGAGAGAUGGAGUUGGAGGGUCAGAGACGGGAGGAAGAGGAGGAGAGGUACCAGCUGCUGCUGCGGCUGCAAGAGGUGGAGCACGACAUGGAGGCCUACGCGCACACAGCGGAGGAACUCAGAAACAUGUUGGAGGAGGAGGAGGACGAGACAGCCCGCAUGCAGGCCAUGGAGAAUCUGGAGUUCUGCAACUACACGCUGGAGACGCUGGCCCUGGAGCAGCAUCAACUACAAGAGAUGACGCUCCUGUCCUCCCAACCCAAACCGCUCGACCCAACACCGGGCUCGGACUCGGCCCCCGCUGCCGACGCAGGCACCGAGGAUCCCGAGCUGAGGAUGUUGGAGAAGAGGUCAAAGGUCAUCGAGGAGCUGCUGCAGACCGAGAAAGACUACAUCAAAGACCUGCAGAUGUGUGUCGAGGAGAUCGUCGAGCCGCUGCAGAAGAAGCAGGUAAAGAAUGUGGACUUUGAUGGGCUCUUUGGGAACCUCGGCUCAGUGAUCGACUUGUCACAACGCCUCUUAGAGACGCUGCAGGACACAGACUCUAUUGGAAAUAUAUUUCUGGAGUUCAAAGCUGAGCUGGAAGAGGUGUACAAGACCUACUGCCAGAACCACGACGAUGCCAUAUCUCUGCUCGAGAGUUACGAGAAGGACAAGACCAUCCAGUGCCACGUGUUGGAGUGUCUGGAGAGACUGAGGGCCAUUUAUCGCGAGUGGGGAAAAACAAAUUACAUCAACCUCGGCUCUUUCUUAAUCAAGCCGGUGCAGCGGGUGAUGCGUUACCCGCUGCUGCUGAUGGAGCUGCUGGGGGCCACGCCGCAGAGCCACCACGACCGGCCCCAGCUGACUAAAGCUCUGCUGGCCAUCAAAGAGAUCAACGUAAACAUCAACGAGUUCAAGCGCAGGAAGGACCUCGUGGUGAAGUACAGGAAAGGCGACGAGGACACGUUUAUCGACAAGAUCUCCAAGCUGAGCAUGCACUCCAUCAUCAAAAAAUCCAACCGCGUCAGCAGCCACCUCAAACACCUCACAGGAAUCUCCCCACAGAUCAAAGAUGAAGCGUUCGAUGAGGCUGAGAAGAGGUUCCGGCUGCAGGAGAGACUCAUCAAGUCUUUUAUCAGGGACAUAUCCCUGUACCUGCAACAUAUAAGGGAAUCGGCGUCCGUAAAGGUCUUGGCGGCCAUCAGCUUCUGUGACAUCUACGCUGAGCGGAGCGUCCCCGGCCCCGAGGGCUUCCAGAGAGCUCACCGCUCCAUCAGCGACGAACAGUUCGCACAGUUUAAGGAGCGCACGGAGGCCUUGGUCAUCGAGCCGCUCAACCAGCUCCUCCUCAUGUUCGCCGGGCCGCACAAGCUCAUCCAGAAGCGCUUCGACAAGCUGCUGGACUACGACAACUGCAAGGAGCGCGCCGACCGACUCAAGGACCGCCGCGUGCAGGACGAGCUGCAGGCGGCGCGCAACAACUACGAGGCGCUCAACGCCCAACUUCUGGACGAGCUCCCCAAGUUCCACGGCGCCGCAGAGGACCUGUUCACCGGCUGCGUGAGGGCUUUCGCUCAAUCCCAGAAGGACUUCAUGAAGAGGACACUGGGGGAGCUGACGCCCCUCGUGAACGCCUUUUCGAACAAAGCCAGCACAGAGGGCAACCUGAUCUCCAAGUUCCAAGAGGAGUACGGUCGAGUUCUCCAACUUCUGCAGAGCUUCAGCUUCUGCCCGGAGAACCUCCCUCCAGCCACCUCCACGAAAAAGACCUCUGAGAGGAAGACGCUCGAGAGGCCGACGUCUAGGAAGCUGCAGGCACCUCCCAACCACGUCAUGCAGACGGAUGAGCACCGCGCAGGACUUCUGGUACGCUACACUCCCGAGAAACUCUUCCAGGCUGAGAGGAACUUCAAUGCAGCGCAGGAUCUGGACAUGUCCUUACUAGAAGGAGACCUUGUGGGGGUCAUCAAGCAGCAGGACCCCAUGGGUAGCUACAACCGCUGGCUGAUUGAUAACGGAGCCCGACAGGGUUUUGUGUACAGCUCCUUCCUCAAACCCUACAACCCACGCAGGAGCCAAUCGGACGUCUCCAUCGGGAGCCAUUCGUCUAACGAGUCGGGCUACGGCGGCUCCUCGCCCGUUUUCUCCCGCCAAAACAGCAACAGCACACUGACUUUUAACCAGGACACGGCCACCGUCAGCUUUUCCACCUCGCAGCCCCAGACUCAUCCAUCGCCGCAGCCUUCGCUGGACUCCGCCUCCUCUCGUAGGAGCCACCUCGACUCUGCCAGUCAGAGCAACUCCAUCAGCUCCUCCCCGAGAAAUCCCUCAAACCGCAAGGACUACUCAAGCCAAACGCACCGGAAUUCCUCCGGACAGAGAGACGCCGAGCCGCCCCACCGGCAUUCGGCGAAUCACAGAGGCACGUCCGACGGGAGUUAUCCGGGCCACAAGGAGACGUCGGACCUCUCGGAGACGGACUCUUACUCUUCGCUCGGAAACAGCAGCUCGCAGCAGUACGGACACACGGACAAAACGUACAGUUCGAGCCAGUGGAGAAAUGGAGAUAGAAGCGGCCAGAAGAAAGCUUCUUACCACAGAGAUGAGUACAUCGAGCCGGAGCCCGAGCCGGAACCUGAGCCGGAGCCAGAGCCGGAACCGGAGCCGGAAGAAGAGAGUGAAUUUGAUAGCCAUCAGUUUUUCUACGCUCUCUACUCCUUCGACGCCCGCUGUGCCAAUGAACUGAGCAUCUCGGCCAACCAGCGGCUGCGGAUACUGGAGUUCAAGGACAUGAACGGCAACAGCGAAUGGUGGCUGGGCGAGGCGGCAGGCCGGCGGGGCUACGUGCCCUCCAACUACAUCCGCAAAUCCGAAUACACAUGAACGAGGCUUCAUCCCGAGACUCCGCUUGGACCUGAAGAAGUCUCACUGUGCGAGCAGAGAGACAAACAAGCAUCCGUGACUCAUUUUUGAUCUGUGGUCAUGGAGUUUGAUAGUGAGACGCACGGACUAUUGCUGCUGACUGAAGUUAGCAAUAUAUGCCUAUAUUUAUAGUCUUUUUAUAUUGUUUUUACUUUCUGGAUACUGCACCCAACUCCCUCUUGUUUCUGGGGGAAAACCUGUGAAUUAUUUCCAGAUUAUUUUCCAUAUUGUCUGGUGCUGCAGACAGUGAAUUGUAUGUUUUACAGAACAAUAUUAAAGGUUACAGCAUUGGGAGAUUGCAAUGAAAAUGUGAAUGCUUUGGUUUCAGACUUAUUCUCAAUAACCGCCAAGUGGUUUGUAGACGGACUGAGCUUAACGCUGUGUUUUUCUGCAUGUGGUUCAUAACACCACUAGAAUGAUGGAUGGUUGUUAGAUUACUUCAUACCAUGCAAUUCAACAAUCAUGGUUGGAGGCACUGAUGAUGAUUAUCCAGGGGUUGCAUGUUUUGAAGUGUCUGUUCUGAAUAUAGACUGUAUAAUCAAAUGCUAGGGCAGAGUUGAAUGGAAUAUGCUGAAUGCAUUACUAGCACUCCAAUUGUCAAUAACCCGAAUCCAUUUUAUCCGGUUGGCACUGUGCGAACAGGCGAUGACCCAGUUUACCCGCAAGAGGAGCGUAACAAAGGGAGGGACUCUAAUCCGAUCUCUGGCCUCCACAUUCUCCUUAUGUACAUUAUAUAUAGUUUAUAGAGAAUAUGCUUUUGCACCCACUGUAAAGUGAUCACUGAAUAAAAAACAGCUCAGCUGACGAAUCAAAAA